UCUACCCAGUGAUAAACCCUAGGGCGAGAGAGGCGAGGAGGAGAGAGCGAUGGGCAGCAGGAGAAUGAGCACGCAGAUCUUUCCCGUGCGCCUCUCGGCGGCGCAGCAGGAUGCGGCGUAUUUCCACUCCUACAAUCACGUCGGCAUCCACGAGGAGAUGAUCAAGGAUCGCAUUCGCACCGAGGCCUAUCGCGAUGCCAUUUUCGCGCACCAGGAGGCGAUCAAAGACAAGGUUGUGAUUGAUGUGGGGUGUGGAACUGGUAUACUCUCGAUUUUCUGCGCUGCUGCUGGAGCGAGAAAGGUGUAUGCAGUGGAUGCGAGUGAUAUCGCUGUCCAGGCUCGAGAGGUUGUGAAAGCUAAUGGCUUCUCGGAUGUUAUAACAGUGAUAGUAGGAAGAGUGGAGGAGAUCCAACUCGAGGAGAAGGCUGACGUGAUCAUCUCCGAAUGGAUGGGCUAUAUGCUGCUAUACGAGACUAUGUUGCCGAGCGUCGUGUGUGCGAGGGAUCGCUGGCUGAAGCCCGGAGGCUUGAUGCUUCCUUCUUUUGCCACUCUUUACAUGGCUCCCAUCACUAACCCCGACAGAUAUGGCGAGAGCAUCGAUUUCUGGCGCAAUGUCUACGGAUUUGACAUGUCUGCCAUCUUGCCUCUUGCGAAGCAAUGUGCUUUCGAAGAACCAUGCGUGGAAGUGAUCACCGCCGAGAAUGUAAUCUCAUUCCCGAUUCUGGUGAAGCGCAUCGAUUGUAGCACAGUUACUCUGGAAGAACUGGAAACAGUAACUACAACUUUCAGUGUGCCUUCUAUCAUGAGAGCCCAUCUACAUGGAUUUGCUCUCUGGUUUAACGUGUCCUUUGGUGGUGAUGCUUCUUCCCUGCCAAAAAGCAAAGCAGCGAGCAAUGGGACAAUCCCACUUGUUCUCUCGACGGCUCCGGAGGAUCCUCCCACACACUGGGCUCAGGUGUGUAAGCUCCACGUUAAAUUCCAUCUCGCUGUUCUACACUUUCUUGAGCAGACAAUCCUCUACGUCUACGAGCCUGUCGAACUUCAGCAAGACAAUCUGAUCUCGGGAACUUUCACAAUGUCGCAGUGCAAGGAAAAUCCACGCUUUCUGAACGUUCACAUAGAGUACAGCUGCGGAGAUCGUCACUUUGUGAAAGAGUCGGUGAUGAGGUAGCCUAUCGAUGGCCACUAUCAACUGUUUUUGCGACGUUAAUUGUUAGGCCUGUCAGUUUUACAAGUUCUCUUCUUCUGACUCGUCUGGAACAUGAAGCUUCUCUAUCGCAUUCUGCAAACUUCACAGUUA